AGUGUCUGAUGUGAAAGAAAGGAAACAAGCCUAUUCAAACCCUUAAGAAAACACACCUUUCAGCCACUUGUUUUUCGUUCUGCUGAAGUGCCUUUAGUUCGCGAUACUUUUGAGACCCUUUUUCUCAACUAAACGUUUAGUGAGACAAGAGAUACACCGAAAAGCUGAAGCGCUGCAAUAGCAGAGUAAAAUUACUUUUCCACAUUAGAGCGACAUUGUCUUCUUCAUUUCAGCUGUUGUUUUGUGUUGUGGUAAGAGAGAUCUUUUCCUCUCUCGUAAGACCUCUUUACUGCUAUUUAUGAAAAAGGAAAAACAUUGAAAAACACUAAACACAACUAAAGAAAUCAUCUUUGCACUCGGUUUUUAUCUUUUUUUAUCUCUGUUGUGUAUCUUCAACUACAUCUGUUUUUUUCUUGUUUUUUCUUGUUUCUUUUUGUGAAGUUUUCGUAGGAUGUAUGACAUUUUUUUCUGAAGAAAACUGUUUUCUACAGCAACUAACUCUUUUCACCUCUCUUUUCUUUCUUUGAUUUUUCAUUUUUCAUGCGUAUUUGUGUGUUCUGCGUCUUUUCCCGUGCUUGAUCUAUUCUUCUUUAUUUUUUUGUCUCUUUUUCAUUUAACCCCCACGCACGAUAAAACUCUCUUUGUGCUUUCGGAUACAAUUCGUGUAACCACAGGAUUUUUGUCUAGCGGCCUUUCUCUUUUUUUUUUCCUUCCUCUUGCAGCUUUCCGCGUGACGUUCACUGGUGGCUAAGUGAACAAACGACGAGGCGAAAAAAGAAAGAACACAUCAAAAUCAGAAACAGGAAACGAAGAAAGAUCGCAAGCACGUGACUACACACGCGAGAGCCCGACAUACUCUUGGGUUUUUUUUUGGUUUCUUCUUCUGUGUCUCAAGUCUUUUCUUCUUUUAUUAUUUUAAGAAAAAAGGAUACUAUCUUCUCCUGUUGCUCGCGAGAAAGAAAAAGGUCUACUUUUUUUUCAUCGGCACGAUUCUUUCUUGCCCCUUCUUUUUUCUAUAUAUUACUUACGUGUGUCGUUGUGGUUUGGGUUUCUUCGACAAAGGGAAGCGGCAGCGUACCCCUCUCUUCGAUCUGCAGCCGAGUACUUUCGCCUUCAGAGAAAGAAGAGGUGAAGAAGCUGUCGUGCCUAGUAAACGUGCGAGCCUUAACAAAGAAAAAACCCUAAUUUCUUUAUUUUUCCUUUUGUGAGAGAAACUGUAGUUCAGUUGCGUAAACGCAGAAAACACACGAAGAACAGCGGUGUUUUCCUCCUCUAUUAUCAUUAUUUGGCCCUCGUUUGCUUCACCGUGGUUAUUCGUGUGUGCCAUUCUGUGUUGUUUUGGGCGCAGCACCACAUUUAUACUUCUAUCCUGCUGCAUCGUGCGACGUCUCUCCUGUUUUUGUUUGUGUAGCAUCUUUUUUCAUUUUCUUCUGUUGUUUUGCAUCUGCUGGCAAAAAACAACAACAUCACGAGUCCCUCAACACAGCUUUGCGGUUGUCGACGCUGCUUUCCUUCAGCUGAAGCGUUUGUUUCCGUCCCCCUCCUCCUCCUCUUUUUGUGUUCGUUGGACUCCUCUUUCUUCCUCUUUCGUUUUUGCCCCCCUACCCCCCUUUUUUUUUUCACCGAUCAGAUCGGCUGUAGUCAGCGUCAAGAGAAACCACACGUCGAGCAAAGUAGGAGAAGGAGACACACACACGACCGCGAUUCAAAACCCUUGUGCUAAGUGCUUUCAAGAGCCGUAAAGGAGCUAGCUUGUCUAUAUUCAUUUUUUUUUGUUUCUCACUCCGCACUUGAUUAACUGAACGGCUUUUGUGGCUGUGGUUGUUUUCUUUUCUUCUUCCUUCUUGUUCACAUCGCUUUACCGCCUUUUUUUACUUUCUCGUUUCUCCCUCUUUAUAGCUUUGCUUUCCCGCUAAGGCUCGUCUGCUCUUAUUGUGCCCUACAUCUUUUUUAUUCUCCGUGGUGGCACUUCUUUUCAAAAGGUUCAGCCCUUUGUUCUCUUCUCUUCUCUUACCUCGCUGCCGCUCACCGCCCCUUUUUUUCUGCUUUUUUACUGUAAAAAGCCGGGGAGAAGGGCCAAGGAACUCGCUCGCUCUGUUUUUGCUCUUCUGGUUCUGCAGGUUGCAGCAUGCCAAGGACCGACCGACGCCCCACGCAUGUCCGCUCACGUUUCUCUCGGUGCCUUUUUACGACCGUGAUCGCCGUUCUCCUCCUGCUGUCUCUGCACGGCAGCUCGAUUGCCGGCACCUACCCCCACCAUCUCAGCAAAGAUACACCAAAUACCACAACGGAUCCGGCGACGCGCGACGCGCCCCUGCCGCCGCCGCAGUCGUCGCCGCCGCCCAGCACCUUCGCCGCCCCACAAAGGGGCUCGCCGAUCGUCUCCCUGCAGGGCGCCUGCCGCUCGGAGUUGAAGCUGUACUGCCAUGACGAGCCGACGUCGCCGCUGCGGUGCUUGGUGGGGCAGUUCUACCGCCUCAAGUCCGCCAGCACCGGCAGCCGCAACGCCGAGGAAUCCCGUCGUCCCUCUGUCUUUUCGGAUGUGUGCGAGGCGUGGCUGACGGCCCGCGACGUCUGUCUCUCGUUUGUCCACGCGCACGGCAGAGAUCUGUGUGGUGCCGCGGUGCAGGACGCGCGGGAGUGCCUGCGGCAGAUCCCCGCCGUGUUCCUCCCGCCAAAGUGCGUGACGAGCGACUACUAUGAAGGGGUGCGGCUGGUGGGGAAGCUGCGCCAGCACCAAACGGCGGAUGCCCGUCUUCGCCGAAUUCACGGGCAGUGA